CUGAAUUUGUUUAUGGAUAAACUGUGAAUUUGGUGUAAACUUAUUGUUUGGUGAAAGAUACAUAAUUAUGAUUGUGAAUAUAAUAUAUUAAAUCAAUAGAACAGUUAAGAUUAAUGGGAAAUUUGAACAAUAAAACCAGUUUACAUACAAAUCAUAAACAAGCAGUUCAUUCCGUUCGUGACGGUCAAACGUUUACGAGUCAGUUCAGCUUGUCCCAUUUCGUCGGUAACCUCAGUGGGCGCUCCUUCGCCAGCGUAACGAGCAACCAGUCAGUAUACAGCGCAUCACGACCUUGGUCUCGGAUUUCUAGACGAAGAUGGAAUGAUGCUACCUUAAAUAAUCCGUUGGAAGCCAGCAAAACUGCAUGGCCAGUUGCUCAUAAGGAAUCAAUAUUCCUGCCAGAAUUUCCAAUAACGACGGAUCUACUCCAAAAAGACUUUGAAAUAGCACAUACAAUAGCUAAAGGUGCCUUCGGAGAAGUUUAUAAGGUGAAGAAAUUGAGUGAGAAUAAAGAAUAUGCUCUGAAAGUGUUGAAUAAGUCACAGGUAGUAAAUGACAACGCUGUCCGGCAAGUAAAGGAAGAGGCCAGAAUUCAAGAGGCGGUUGGACACCACGUGUUCAUUGCCGGAAGCGUGUCGCGCUGGCAGACCAAGAAAAGACUUUACAUUGUUUCAGAAUACAUUCCCGGUGGUGAGCUGUUAAAUUUAAUAGAAAAAUACGGAAAGUUGCCGGAGCAUCUGGUCAAGAUAUAUCUGGCUGAAAUAUCCAUAGCUUUAGAUUUCCUUCAUAACGCCGGUAUAAUAUACCGUGAUCUCAAGCCAGAGAACAUACUCUUAGACAAAGACUACCACAUACGACUGAUAGACUUCGGUCUUUCCAAGUGGCUGUCUAUAGGUUCUCGCACCACAACCAUCUGCGGAACCCUAAAAUACAUGGCCCCUGAGCUGAUGAUGAAGGAGCCUUACAGUCAUGCCGUGGAUUGGUGGUCGCUUGGAGUACUCGCGUGUUAUAUGUUAACCGGAGAGUUUCCAACGCCUGUCCUGCCGCGACAAGCAAAUGCGACGUCGAAUGGAAACCCGCCAUCAUCAAACGAUGUCAAUUCCUGCAAGAAGCCUGGAACUCUACCGGAAUGCGCCGAUCUCUCCAAGGCAGCUAGAACAUUACUGAUGCGAUUGCUGGAAACAGACCCCAGACAUCGAAUGAGAAGCCUAAGAACGCUUCAACAAUCAGCGUUUUAUAUGAAUUUCAAUUUCGAACACAUUAAAUCAAAAAAGAUAACGCCUAAACAUGUCUUGGAACAAAACACGCCUUUUUUAUUGGCCGAGGACAAUAAAAACAAAUUUAUAGGAUUCGAUCAGCCGUAAUAUACUAUAAUCGUUAAUAUAGAGAUUACAUCUCGGGCGCCAUUAUAGGGUAUAAGAAAGGAUAAACCAUAAUUAGAUAUGGAAACUAGUUGGACAUAAAUAGAACGGACCUGUUCCAGGAAUGCUGCAGCUGAUUACGACGGUCAAACCUAUUCUCAACGUAAUAUCGAUCGCUCUAAAAAAACUGUUUAGUCCUAUAAAGAGCUGUUUCAACUUUCAUGUCAUUUAAUUGAUAUUCUCUGUGCCUUUUUUUUUUUUAAUUUCUGUUUCCAAGGUCUAAAUCUAAAACGCCAAAUAAGAUUCUCUAGUUACCAUAGUAACUCAUUAAAGACUAUAUACAUUUUUAA